AUGAUGACCUCAUCUAGACCCCGCGCCGAUGUUGGCGGCAGCUUUGCGAGUCGACGCGGUCAUGCUGCCCAGCUGUCAAUCUCAGACCCCAGCCACCAUGUGACUGAGACUAUUGGGACUCUGUACGGAGACGAAGAGGAUUACUCAAAUGACCAGCGACCUUCAAGUUUUCUUGGAUCCUCCUACUCCGAUCAACCCAACAAGCAGGCCGAAGCCGACCCCUCCGCCGAAGACCCCCGUAGACAAAUGCUGCGUUCAGCCUCGGACAAGACGGGCUUAGGAGCGGGACAAAACGGAUCUCCCGCGCUUAAAAAGUCCCAGACGAUGCCGACGCGCUCGCCUAGUCAGCGAAGCAACUCACACGAAAAUGGACCCAAGUCGCCGCCAAUGUCCCUGCGGGAUGUCAAAAACGAGUCCUCCCAGUUCCCCCUGGGUAGCAUCGAGAAUCCGAACGAUAUUGCGCAGGAGCUCAGCAACUUGCAAGCCCUAAGACGCAUGUCUAUGGAUGUUGGAAACAAUGCUGACCCCGAUAUGCUACCCUUUUCUGGUCUCUCCCUUGUAGCGAUGCCUCCAAUCGCCCCGACGGGAGAUGAUGACGAAAACGACCCUUCGAGACUGCUGUGGGUGCCUGCAGCCGUUCAUCCAGAGCUUGCGCCAACAGAGUUCAAGAAUUUCUUGGAGGACCGCGUCAAAACUAUCAGGAGACGAUCGGGCGAAUCCAACGACAGCGGUAUGAAUCGGAACGACUCCAGUGGCGGUCUGAGGCGGAAGAAGAGUAUGCUCUCACGGCAGAUCGACAAUUCCGGAGGCAGAGGAGCUGUGGGCUACGUUGAUGGUGCCGAGAGGCUCGGACGGAAGAGCUCCCUCAGGGACUACUCGACUCCAGAGCUCAACCUGAACGAAUUGGUCAAGGACCCUACCAAGGUAGUGCGAGAGCUUGCCCAGGAAGGCCAAGCUGAGGGUGCUGCUGAAGAUAUGCCCAUUCUGCCCGUCGCCCCCGGCAUGGGACUUCGUCGAUCGACCAGGACAACUUACCGAAAGAACGGCAGUGUACGUUCUGGGGAUCGUUUGCCCUUCUCGAAAAGGGUCACAAACCGGCACGGUCAAACAGACUCGCCCGACUCGGCUGAUACGGUCCCCCCUCUGCCGUCCGAUGUGCCCGAGGUGCCUCCUUUACCUAACCUUCAACGAGUUCAGUCAGAGCCGGUGGCGGAGAACUUCUCGCGUCCUAACCGGUCGGUACGCCGGCAGCACAAGUUUUCUCAGGAAAUGGGCGCAUUAUCUGAUGGUGCAUUGUCAGAGGUCGAAGAGCCUGCGUCUCCUCUCAGCACUCGUUCCGAACAACAGCAUCCCACAAGGACAUCGUCGUUUUCUGCCGACACGAAACAAGCUGUUCCGUCCAUUGUUGAGUCGCCAACAGUAGAGGAGAAUGGACAAAGGCAGCAGUUUCCCCAGCGAUCGUCUUCGCAACAUGCAAGUCAGCAGACACCCUCUCAGUCUCCAGUGGAGGAGCCUCCUGCUCGUUCGAGCAAGCGGUCUGGGCCCAACAACUCUGUACAAAGCCCGACGACUCCUGCAGCACCUCAACAGCCACAGGUACAACACCCGAAGCACCCCGCCGCUGCUCCCAACCAGACGCCGAACGACUUGGGUUCCCACUCAUCCGUCUUACCUAGCGGCGGUGCCUCUCGAACAGACACUUUAACUUUCAUUCCGACCUUGCCGGCAGAAGAAAAGAAGCUGGAGGAGAAGAGGACUGGGGGCAAGCUCAGGAAGGAAAGAGAUGACGACGCAUCCAGCGUCUCAUCAACGAAGUCUUCCGGGGGGUGGUCCAAGUGGCUUAAAGGUGGCAGUGAUGACAAGGACAAGAAGAAGAAGGAUGAGGAAAAGAAGAAGAAGCAUGGCGCAGAAAAGGUACAAGACAACGCCCGACUGGAUGUCCUACAGAACUCGAUCGAAGGUGCCUCUACCACCAAGGGUAGAGAAAGCAUCAUUGUGGAUCGCGACAACGUGGACACCAAGCUCGCAGAGGAGCGGAAGAAAGAGAGCAAGAAGACGGAAUCCAAGAAGGAGAAGGAGGGCGGUCUCUUCGCAGGUCUCUUCGGUGGCGGUAAGAAAAAGAGCGAGAAGGAGAGCAGCAGCAAGAAGAACCAGCACCUGCGCGUGUCGGAAGAAGUGCCGUAUCGACCUCUCAAGCCUGAUGUCGAUUAUCAUUGGGCCAGAUUCCCGCUCCUUGAGGAACGAGCGAUUUAUCGGAUGGCUCAUAUCAAGCUUGCAAACCCGCGUCGGUCGCUACUGAGUCAGGUUCUGCUCAGCAACUUCAUGUACAACUAUCUCGCCAUCGUCCAAGCCAUGCAUCCUCAGAUGCAGGUUCCACAGUCACCGCAACAAAGACGGCUGGAGGAGGAGCGCCGCCGCAAGGAGCAGGAAGAACAGCACCUCGCACAACAACAACAACAACAGCAGCAGCAGCAGCAGCAGCAGGAUGGGGCAGAGCAGGACACUACGGGCCAGUACAACUUUGAGUACCAUCGGGGUGACCCGCAGUACGGAGACCAUCCUCACGAUGAGGUGGACUACGUGGAUGAUGCUCAGAUUUACGAGUAUGACCACGGCGGCGACAUUGACAAUGGACGCGGCAAUGGCUACAAUGGCCCUGACAGCUACGAAGCUCAGCCUGGCAAGCAAUAUUACCACGACCAGUACGGGCGUGAUGGCGGCGAUGAUGCAAGGCGUAGAGAUGAUCGAGAGGACAUGUGGUAA